CAGCUCUGAUAAGACCCCUAGCCUGGGAACCUCCAUAUGCUGUGGAUACAGCCCUAGAAAAAGACCAAAAAAAGGCAAUAAAAUGCAGAUCCCGGAGUCCCCAAGUCCUGCUCACUUUCUCCCAGCUCAUCGGGGCUUCCUCUCACCGUCUUUCUACCUGGCCCACAUCUAGGCGAUCCCCGACUCCCUUCUUCAUGGCAUCGCUCUGUGCUAUGGACCCAAGCUGGCCGCCUGCAGCAUCACCUUUAGCGCCUGGGGAGUGAUCGUAUAAUGAUCAGAAUCUUUUUCAAUGUCUACUCUGCGGUGCUCAUUGAGGACGUUCCUUUCACGGAGAAAGAUUUUGAGAAUGGUCCCCAGAACAUACACAAUCUUUACGAGCAAGUCAGCUGCAAUUGUUUCACUGCCGCGGACCCUCACCUCCUCCUCCUCUCCUCAGAGGCUUCUCUUUCUGCGUAAGCGCUAGAGCCCCACUGCGCGUCCCCUGGCCAGCCCCCUCCUCUAUUUAAAGAUUCUCCCGACCCAGUCAACGCCGCCCUCCCCACCCCAUUCUGGAGCCCUCUGCCACUGGCUUUCCCUGGCUAGACAUGGAAUCCCUUGUUCUCCAAGCUCGGGAGACUGCCCCCAGUGGAGGGAGGCUGGGGCUGGCGGUCCCCUAUUCCUCUGGGCCCCUUGCCUUGUCUGGUUCCACAAUAAAAGAGAAACUGCUCUCUUUAAAAAAAAAAAAAAAUAGAAUAGAAUGCAGAUCCCACCCAGACCUAUUCAAUUAACCUUUCCAGUGGACAAGACCCUAAGGGUGUGCAUUUGUUAUUUGACUCUUUCACACCUUCACUGCAACAGGGAGCUAAGACCGAAAGCCUGGGCCAAUCGCUUCAUCAGGGCAUGGAUUAAGUGGGGUAUGAGAGGGGUGUGCUGUCUGGACACGUGAGGGCCAGGUUAGAUGACAGAACUAGGUCAGAGGGCCUUUACACAAGACUGACAUGACAGUGCAGCCUCUUACCAACCAGCCCCAGAGGUCAGGCUCCACAGUCACCCUCUCAGCCAUCCUAGCUCCUGAUAAACAGGCCCAAGUGUGUCUACAGGUCGUCCUGGUCCUCAGCCCCUCUACAAGUUGCAAAGGUGAGUUCUGGGCUUCUGUCCCACACCCCAAGCCAGGAACACAGUUUCCUGGGAUCCUAUUGACUGCCCCCAAUCUGAGGGCUCAGCAGGAAAAAACGAGUAAGUUCAAUCAUCCAACCAUACUCAUUUGUUUCCAUAAAGAAAUGAAAUAAAGGCAGGAAGGGAAGUGGGACUGUGGGAAUCCUGUACUUUUGACCCAACCUUGCUGUGGAGCGAAAACUGCUCGGAAAAGCCUGCUUAAUUUAUUAGAUGCGUUUUCACAGAGGGAAUGCCAGCUUCGGAAGAUGAGCAGGUGAGAGUAUGACAGGAAGCCAGAGUGAAAGGAUGGCGUGCACAGACGUGUAAAUGAUGGUUCCAUGAGCCUAGAAGUCGGAGAGGACCUUUAAUGUGUAAUCAGCAUCGCCUAUGUUCUGGCCACUUUGAUGUAUUUUUACCAUUUUCUCCUCAACACAAUCAUGCACCAUCAUCCCUUGUUUCAUAGACUAGGGAGUUCAGGGUAAGUGAUUUUUUCCCCAGGGUCACCCAGCCCAGAGGUUGUAGCAGAGCCCAGAGUCCCCCUCAAGCCCUCAGACCUGAGCCCCUGGCUCUCCUCCCUCCACCACUGCCGCCUCUCACUUUAUUUGUACUUUAUCUCACAGGCAACAGAGCUUUGAAAGGGGCAAGUGCUGGCCCCACCUAAAAAUAGCUUACAUUUAUCCAGCACUUAGCUGCGUUCUGCUAAGCACUUUCCAUAGAUUCCCUCUUUGAAUCCUCACAACAACCCUGUGGUCGUUAUCAUCUCAGUUUACAGAUGAGGAAACAGACCGGAGAGAGACUGAUGCGUUCAAGUCACACAGCCGUCUGGCUAGGAAUGGCGCCAAAAGUGAACCCAAGGGUCUGGCUCCAGAGUACAGAGUCUGCCCUCCAGUGCCACUGGGUGAGUGGAGAGCAUGCGGCCACCCACAUGAAGGUGGCGUCGACAAGACCUUACAACUCAGUGAAUGCAGGAGCAGAGGGAGAGACCAGUUAAAGGUGUGCCUGUGAACCAGUGAAUCCUGGGGCCUUCUUUUGGACCUGGACACCCUUAGAUGAGCUGGAGGUCAGGAGCAAGUGGUCACCCAACCCUCCCAACAGAAGCCAGAGGCCCCGUUUGGAUGGUCUGGGGUGGCGGGGGAGGGGGGGAUGCUGUCUGAAGCACACGCUCCCCCCUCCCUCCCUGCUGCUGUGUAAGAGGUUUCAUCUCUUUCCCAAGAUAACGGGGCCACCUGUCCCUCCUCCUGUGGCUAUUCUGGGCUUUGGUCUGAUCCCCCUCUUCCCCUAGCCCCUGCCUCAGCCCUUCUGGGUGGGACAAGGCCACCCAGUUACAUAACCCCAUGGCUGGGACCCUGGGGAAGCCAGGCUGCAGAGCAGGUGCUCAGCCCCUCCCUCACCCCCAGCAGUGAAAAUCUUCCUCUGGAGCCCAGCCUCGGGGUGGCCCAGCAUGGAGGCAGCCACGGCUCUGGAGGUGGCCUCAGGAUCCACACUGAAGGUGAAAGAAGCCAGCCCAGCCGAUGCCGACCGACCCCAGGCUUCACCUCAGCAGGAGGCUGGCAGCCCCAUUCCCCAGCUGCUACCCCCCAUAGAAGAGCAUCCCAAAAUCUGGCUUCCUCGGGCCCUGAGGCAGACCUAUAUCCGGAAGGUUGGAGAAGCUGUGAACCUGCUAAUCCCGUUCCAGGGCAAACCCAGACCUCGAGCCAUCUGGACACAUGACGGCUGUGCCCUGGACACCAGUCGUGUGAGUGUGCGGCACGGGGAGCGGGACUCCAUCCUCUUCAUCCGAGAGGCCCAGCGUGCUGACUCAGGUCGCUACCAGCUCCAUGUGCAGCUGGGCGGGCUGGAGGCCACCGCUGCCAUCGACAUCCUGGUGAUUGAGAGGCCAGGCCCUCCUCAGAGUAUCAAGCUGCUGGACGUCUGGGGCUCCAGCGCUACCCUGGAGUGGACACCUCCCCAAGACACGGGCAACGCGGCACUGCUGGGCUACACGGUGCAGAAGGCUGACAUGAAGUCUGGGCUGUGGUUCACGGUGCUGGAGCGCUACCACCACACCAGCUGCACCGUCUCCAACCUCAUCGUUGGCAACUCCUAUGCAUUUCGAGUCUUUGCUGAGAACCAGUGUGGGCUCAGCGAGACAGCCCCCAUCACUGCUGACCUGGCCCACAUCCAGAAGGCAGCUACCAUUUACAAGACGGAGGGCUUUGCCCAGCGAGAUUUCUCUGAAGCCCCAAAGUUCACCCAGCCUCUGGCAGACUGUACUACAGUCAUUGGCUACGACACCCAGCUCUUCUGCUGUGUCCGCGCCUCCCCCAAGCCAAAGAUCAUCUGGCUGAAGAACAAGAUGGAUAUCCAAGGCAACCCCAAGUACAGAGCCCUCACUCACUUGGGAAUCUGCUCCCUAGAGAUCCGCAAGCCUGGUCCCUUUGAUGGGGGCAUCUACACUUGCAAGGCGGUUAACCCUCUGGGGGAGGCGUCCGUGGACUGUCGGGUGGACGUGAAAGGUAAGGGCAGAACUUGCACCUGAAGGGUGUGAUCACCUCCUCUUUCCACAGGUGGAAAGGUCGAGGGCAGAGACACACACCUAGAUGGAGAAGGGCUCAUUUGGCUUCUCCUUCAGGCCUUCUCAUCACUGUCACCACCAGGAUGUAUUUUUUUUAUCCACUAUCUCAUGUCUCUCCAUCAUAAUUCUGUAAUAUAGGAAGAAUCGCUCUUUCCAUUUUGCAAAAGAGAGACCUGAAGCAUAGGAAGGGGAUCAAUCGGUUUGCCCAAGAUUUUUACCACCGGUUAAUUGAGGAGUUGGCGCUAUGAUGGAAGGAGGCCAAGUCUCCCAGACAGUACCUGGACUGUUUUUCUUUAAACUAUACAAUCUUCUUAUUCAGUCCAGAAAAGCUAUAGUUCUUUCUUGCGGUUUUAAGCAAACCAGAGGACUUUCAUCUCUGGUGUGUCAAAAGGGAAUAUUGCACAUCCUAUUUUUUUUUUUUUUUUUUUUUUGUCUUUUUAGGGCUGCACUCA